AUGAAAAGUGCUUUAGUUUGUGACAUUAAUAAUAAUUCUUCUUUAACAAUUACAACUAACACUUCAAAAAAUGAACAAAAUAGUAAUAAUAAUGCUUCAAUAAAUGAUCUCAAUACAGAAAUGGAUUGUGUAGAAUAUUCAGUUUGUGCAAUGUUUUCAAUAUAUUAUCCAAUGAUUCAAAAUUUUAAUAAUUUUAAUCUUAAUGAUAAUAAUAAAGAACAAAUAAAUAAUAAUAAUAAUAAUCAGCAACAACAACAACAACAACAACAACAAAAUUAUAAUAUUAUUGAUACUAAUAGUUGCAUACCAAAAAUUACUGCCCCAAUUUCAUGGAGUGAAAUCACAGAGUCGGAAUCAUACUACUCGACGUCACCAUCUUCCUCAGUAUAUUCAUUUUCAGAAGAUGACAUUAGUGGGAAUACUCAAGAAACAAAUAAAAAUAAAAAUAAUAAGAACCUUGUCAAAAAACAAGUAAAUAACAGUUGCAAAACAAAAAAAGUUUUUGUUGGUGGUAUAACAUUCAACGACAUCGAAAAUGAUGAAAAUUUAAAAAAACUUAGAAUUCAAAAAAUUGUUCAUUUAUUUCAAUCAUUUGGUAUGGUUUCAAAAACAAACUUUCAUUGGAACAAAGGUUUCUUUUUUAUAAUAUAUUCAAAUAGCAAAGUUGCUCAAACAGUUGUACAAUCUUUUUCAAGUUUUAAAAAGAAACAAAAAUAUAUUGACACUAUUAAAGACCAGUUGUUAAAAGAAUUUAAAGAUAUUAAAGCUACUCCAAACCCAAAUUUUUAUGUUAGGUUUCCAUCAAAUAAUAAAUAA